UUGCGUGGAUGCUGUUGCCAUGGUAAUAUAAACAAUAACAGCCAGCAGGUGCAAAGUGCUUGUAAACUUUGUUAUGGAUUUCGAUGGUGAUUUAAAUUUCAAUUUUGGAAAGAAGCUAACAGCCCGCAAAGGUAGAAGAGCUGGCAAUGCCAGCUCACCAAAAGAAGACGCAGCUGCUGAUGGUACCAUAGAUAGUCCUGGAUCUGCACCAGGUUCUGGACUAUCAAGAGGCUCACUGCAGGAACUUGAGGAUGCCUUGCCUGCAGCACCACCGAGAUCUAGACGUUCUGGUGGGUGGGCAGAUGAAGGUGUAAAAUCUGGAAAGAAACGGAGUGCCAGCAACAUAAUUGAGCAGGAACGGUUCAGAAGAACAGAAGAUGUUAAGGAUGACUCUGAUGAUGAUAUACCAGUAAUACCAGACCUGGAUGACAUACAAGAUGAAGACUUGACAACACAGAUUGCCAGUACUCCAUCGGUCAAUCUGAAUAAAGUAGCAGCAUAUAAAGAGCUUGACUCUGAUCUAUUCAAACAUUCAGCAUUUGGGACUCUGGAAAACAUUAAUUUACAGCUCCUUACAAAAAGCCUUAGACCAGAAAAUGAUGUAAAAGAGGUAGAUGAGCCAUGGAACUGGGAUCUGCUGUUCACCGAUAUAGCAUCAGAGCUUCAUAGUGAAUGGGAAAGUACGGAAAACAAGGCAAAGGAAGUGACCUGAAUUUAUAGUCACACAACUAGAUUUUAAAUCAGUUGAUGAUUGCAUCUGUUGCUGAUAUAUAAAUAUGUAAUUUUUCAGAGAAUAGAAUGGUGCACAUAAGCUAAAUUACAGCUGGACAUAAUGCAAAAUGUGUGAUAGUAUUUAGGCUUUUCCAAUGAUUACUGCUCCUCUGUUGUUCACAACUGUUACAUAACAAAUAACAGUUCUUAAGACCCCAUUACUUUUGCACACCAAUGGGAGCUUGCAAAUAUUUGACUUAUUUGUUUACAGUUUUAUUUGGAGCCAUCGUUCCUCACCUACAGUCUUUUCUCCUCCUUGAUUUUGAAUUGACAGAUAAGCUAUUAUCUCUAUCAAGCUUUAUGUUAAUGUACAUUCUUUUACAUUUUCUAAAAAAAAUAUUGAUUUAUAGCAGGUACAUCUAUGUUUGAAGAGAAAUACACUACUUCUCAGAAAUGUUGUUUUUCUGUAUUUUUUGUUUGUAAUGCAUAAUUUUACAUACAUGGGCAAUGUUAGCAAUGUGGAAAUACACCAUUAUGCAAGCAGA